CAAGACCACUUCUUUCGAUGAUAUCCGCAAGAGGAACACUCACUUUACGGACUUAGUUAUCAUUUCAUCGAAAUCUUCUCCGGACUUAACAUUUUGCGGGACUUUUUGAUAGUUGGGGCGAUGACCCAAAACGCCAUGAUGAACAAGCUUCAAACAACCUCAAGUCGCAUACUUAUGGACAUACCAUGUGUGGUAUGCCAAGAUCACUCAUCGGGAAAACAUUAUGGAAUAUAUGCAUGUGAUGGAUGUGCAGGAUUCUUCAAGCGCUCAAUUCGACGGAAUCGACAGUACGUUUGCAAAUCACGAGGUCAGGGCGCAUGCCCAGUAGACAAGACACAUCGGAAUCAAUGCCGAGCAUGCCGGUUAAAAAAGUGUGUAGAAGCAGGAAUGAAUAAAGACGCCGUCCAGCACGAACGGGGUCCACGAAAUUCCACAAUACGACGCCAGGUGGCCAUGUACUUAAAAGAAACAUCAGAGCUGUCCUCCAUGAUGACCUUCCGGCCGCCAUUUUUCGUGGGAAUGCCGGGAAUCGAGCGUGUUGACAACAGUAUCACUGUAAGCGCUGUAGAGUCACCGACGACGACGCCGACAUCUAGUACGAGUAGCACCGGAAGUACGGGGACUAGUGUUGCUAUUUGCCAACCCACGCCUAAGUACCCACACGAACUUGCCCAAGCCUACUUCAAUAACCCCGAAGCAAUAUGCGAAGCUGCUGCCAGACUCCUCUUCAUGAGUGUCCGAUGGACCAAGAACGUGCCUGCCUUUCUUAGCCUCCCAUUCCGAGAUCAGGUGGUCUUACUGGAGGAGGGAUGGCGGGAGCUCUUCUGCCUUGGAGCAGCGCAGUUUCAGAUGCCGAUUGAGGCUGGACCUUUAUUAGCAGCAGCAGGUUUGAGUACAGACCAAUCACCGCCAGACAAGGUAGUUCAAAUGAUGAGCGAAAUACGUGUGUUGCAGGAAUGUAUUGCCAAGUUUAAAGCCAUGCAAGUCGACCCUACGGAGUUUGCAUGUUUAAAAGGAAUUGUGCUAUUCAAGACAGUUUUUCCCAAUUCGCCAACAGACAUGAAAGGACUUCGUGACUUCCACACAGUGGCCAGUCUGCAAGACCAGGCGCAGCUUACGCUCAGCAAAUACAUCCAGACAGCCUACCCCACACAGCCUUUCCGAUUUGGAAAACUCUUAUUACUACUACCAACGCUGCGUGCCAUUAACCCUGCAACCAUAGAACAAUUAUUCUUUAAGAAAACGAUAGGGACGAUUCCCAUUGAAAGACUUUUAGUGGAUAUGUUCAAAUCUAGUGACUUUUGAUGACUUUUACAUACAUUCUAUUCAUUGAUUCUACUUUUAUUGCUGUUCAAGCGUGUUUCGUACAGGGUGUGACAGAGCAUCAUGCAGGUCAACCUCUCAUCCAGGUAACAGGCCAGCCAAACCAAAUUCAGAAGUAAACUACAACUUGUAACUUUCUGAUGAAACAUGGUUAUCUCUAACGUCGUGUAAACCUACAUUUUGUCACACAAGAAUGUGAUGUGCUGAUAUUGUCGUGUGCUGGAUUUUAAAUAUUAUAAAUGCCUUGAGCACUUAACUCGUAGAGAACUGAGGGUCCAUUACUUCUUUAGCACUCUGAAAGGUCUCAUUGGAAGUGGAUCGUUUCUCUAAAUAAAAAUUGAAAUUAAUGUUAUUUCAGGAUCAAUUUGUGCUUUAAUCAUCCUAAUAAGAUGGGGGUCGUACAGUUCUUUAUGCGUUUAUUUAUGAUAGGUUUGGACAAUAGUGUUGUCUUCCAAAUACAUUAAAUGUGAUUAUAGAUAUUGAAUGAUAGACUGGCAUUAUCUUGUAAUAUGUGCUGCUAUGUAUUUUAUGCUUUUAUAUCAGAUCCAAGACACACCGAUUGUCUAUAAAAAUGUUGUUUCAUACAAUGUACCAAGUACGAUUGUCAAUAAGAUGUGACUAAAAUUCUUCAUCGAAAUUUGUGCUCAUUUAUAUUAUUCAAGUGUGGUUGAAGUUAAAACUUUGUUCAUAUCAGUUUUUGUUACUUUCGUGUGGUUAUGGGUCAAAUGGUUGUUUACUAAAGUAUUUCAGAAUCAGUGACGUUCGCUGCUGUUCUGGGGUUAUAUACCAUAUAAAGCUUAUCUUUAUUCUAGUUGAAGUGAUUAUUGCCCAGCGAGCUUUUUAGGAUACUUUUCCAUUUUCACUGCUCAUGAAAAUGUACUUCGGUCCCAUGUCCAGGUUUUCAAAGCAAUGCCAACCUUCGUAUAAGUAUGCUAAGUUCUAAGGUUAGGUUAAUUUGAUGAGCGGGACAUGUGCUUCCAUUCUUGACUAGCCGUAGCAUAGAGUUGCACAAAGUAUAAACGACUCCUGAAUCAAUUAUAGCAGAGAGUUGCAUCUUUGCUUUGAUGUCGACUGGGGCGCAGAAAAGUGAAGGGACACUGAAUUUAUACCUGUCGAGUGGGUGAUAAUCACUUCAACCAACCUUCAUCAAAAAUGUUGCAUUUCACUUCCGAGACAAUCAGGUGGGAAAUGAAUGUGCAAUAGUCUAACAGUAGCGUUAGGUUACCUUCAAAAUGUGUAACAUUUGCGUUAUUCAGCAAAACAGAGCCUAAGAGUACUGUAUCCAAGAAAGUGUCUCAAAUAUGUUUCCAAUCUAUCAUUGGAAUAUCACCAUCCAUAAUAGGGAGGUUGAGAACAGCGACGUAUCACCAAUACGGAUAAAACUCUGUAGACAAAGACAAUGCAAAUUUUGUGUAUACAUGUAUUUCUAUCCGUAUAGGCCUACGUAUUAGGAUCCGUAAUAAGUCCCUGAUCACAACCUGCCUAUUAUCAUGGCAUGAAGUAUUAUUUCGUAUGUUUCAGAGAUGGAUAAUGUUGUCCUCAUUCAAGCCAUACGCCUUUCUGUUAGGGCUGCUAUACUUGCCUAUUCAAAAUUACAAAUUGCAUUUAGUCAUAAAAACCUUGUAGGCUUGUAUUCCUUCCUCUUCCAUUAAUUGUCAUUAAUCAUUGUAUACAUUUGAUUGAUCUGCUCAUUUUUUAAAUGUCCUUGGAUAGAAUGUCCUAGAAACAAAGGAUAAGCGCUUUAAUCUCUGAGCUAUUAACGGCCAUGGUCUCUCUGGAACCAUACAACAUAAUCCGUCAGAACACAAUAAAACCGGACACUUUGUCAAGGGGGACAUUUUCUACUUCUACACCAGUUUGUUCUGGAUGUCGUAUAUCGAUGGGAAAACACUUAUUUUUGUGCUACAUUCCAAGAACGGCCAACAUAUCAUAUUUGCGUUAUAUUUUCAGUAUAUUUUCGCUGCUGUACAUAUCAUAGGGUAUGUGAACGUGGUCUUCCGGGGAGGAAUUAAGUGUCUCAAAUCUUCAUAUCAGAAAUUAGUGUUAUGUGUACAGAAUGUCGCGAAAUGUUUGCUAAUCUAGUUAUAUGAACUUAUCAUUGCAAUGAUGAAUGUGAAGGGAAUUUCACCAACUCAUUAUAAUCUGGCUGACCCGUGCGAUAGUUUGCGACAUUCUGUCUUCAGAUCAUUUAAAGUUAUGCAUUCCAUGUUAUUCUGAACUUAUAAAGUCCAUGGCUUUAGUAAAUUUGUAUAUAUCCAUAGCAUAGCCAUGGGGAUAGUUACAAUCGCAACGUAUCAGCAGUAAAAUUGUUUUUUUUAAUUCAGAAUAGGAUAGAGCCUCAUUAGGGAGUUUUCGCAAAGCCCCCGAAACACGAAAGCGAACGACUAUCCCAUAUUCCGAG